AUGGCAUCUCAUGAGUCUGCAAUUGUAGUGAUUGACGAUUCGGAGAACGACGAUGGACCUGAUAGUCCCACUUCCAACACGUCACCAGAAGUGCUUUCAUUCGAGCAACAAGAGGCUAUUCACUUGUUUUCCUCCAUCACCGACAUCUCCGACACUAAAGCGGUUAAGGAUAGCCUCGAAAUGUUCGAUUACGAUGUGGAGAGAACGAUUAACAAAUGGAUCGAACAGCAGCAUUCUUACCAAAGAUCGCCCAUCGCCGACAACUCUGCAGCUUUUCGACUAAUCAACCGAAAUGCUUCACGAAUUAACUCGCCGGUAAAACGAAACUUGUUUACGGGUAUGCCGAAAAAGUUGGAUUUAGAUACGAAGGUGUCUGUGCAAAAAAGUGCUAUAAAGAGCAUACCUUCAUCGUCUUCCUCCAAAGUUCUCUCUCUGUCAUGGCACGAUUGUGUGGAGCGAGUUCUCCAAUCAAAGGAACCCUUUUUUAUUGAUGCUGACUUUCCGCCAACGAGCAAAUCGCUGGAUGGUCGCCAACGCCGAGCCAGUGAAAACAAGGGGCAACGAACUUUGUGCGCAUGCGGCGUUCCUGCAGCUGCCAAAGUUGUCCAAUCAGAUGGACCGAACUACGGCCGUUUUUAUCUGUCCUGUGGCAAGCAAACACAACGGCGAGCGCCGGUAUUGGUAGUUCGUAAACAAGACGAUGCACAAAAUAGUGCUGAUUGUCAAGACGAAGCCAAACUUCUGAAAGAUCCACCAGUUACUGUCAACAAUCCAUACGCAAAAUCUAAGCCAUCAACACCAUCGAAACAUUGUCGCACUAACCCAUCAUCGCCAAAGUCUCCGCCGCAACGGCGGUCGUGCACUUUUUUCAAAUGGGAUCCAGACGGUUCCAUCGGAGCAUCGGGCUACGCUACAAGAUACUCGUUGUUUGUCUGGCAACAUUUUGGAUUGGAGAACAACUGUUGCUUGUACCGCACGUCAAUCGAUCCUUCGCAAGUACGUCAAGGCGCGGUAGGAAACUGCUGGUUCCUAUCAGCACUGGCAGUCGUAGCGGAAAAGUCGUAUUUGGUUCGCCAACUGUUGCCACAUGACAAAUUGAAUCCCCAAGGUUGUUACGAAGUCAACCUUUGCUUGGACGGCGCUUGGACACCAGUUCGGGUAGAUUCGACUUUGCCUGUUGUACUGCAAGAUGUGAACAAAACGACAGGAGGAUCUUUGUUACAAUCACUCCGUCAUGGUGUUCCGCUAAAUAGCUGUAAAGAAUUGGUGGCUACCCCCGCCUUUUGUUCGGCACCAGACCUCCAAUUGUGGCCAGCUUUGGUCGAAAAAGCCUACGCAAAAGCUCACGGCUCUUACGCACAGCUUUCCGGUGGUUUUAUUGCGGAAGGAUUGACUGAUUUGACGGGUGCUCCAACAGAAACUAUAAUCUUUUCGGAUUUAAUAGAUUUAGAUGAGUUGUGGGCGCGCUUGCUAUCUUUUCACCAAGCUGGUUUUCUCGUCGGUGUCGCCACUUCUCGAGGGGGUGAAGGCCUUGUUGGUGGCCAUGCGUAUAGCUUAUUGGAUGUAAUUGAGAUCAACAACUCACUGAUUGGUGAACAAAAGAAAGUGACUGAUUACUUUUCGAGCCCUUCUAAGAAGCAUCGGAAACUUACUGGCCCAAACUAUGACACUUGUGCACCUAUUAGACUUGUGCGGAUUCGAAACCCUUGGGGAAAACGGGAGUGGAAAGGUGACUGGAGCGUUGAUAGUGAACGCUGGACUCGAGCGCUGCGGAAAAAGAUUGGAUCUGAUGCGUUUGCUAGGGGAGACGGCACAUUUUUUAUGUCGUUUGAAGAUAUGUUGCAACGAUUUCAUCACAUGGACAUUGCCAAAACUCGAGAGGGCUGGAAGCACUCGUGCUCUGAUGGUAUUUUCCAAAGGAAUGGCGAUCCGAUCGCAUCUUCUAAAUACACUUAUGAGAUUAUUCCGUCCUGUCGUACUUGGGCAUUUGUUUCGUUGGUCCAGAAGAAGAAACGCGCAAACAGUAACUCUAAGUAUUGGUAUUGCGACCCUUCGAUGCUAAUUUUAAAGCGGAGGUCGGAUACUGAGGAGUGGACCUGCGAAGCUUCAGUACUUACGGGUAUUGGGAGAAUGAGCGAUUGUGAAAUCUUCCUUGACCCUGAUUUCUCGUACAUGUGUGUCUUAGUAUCAUGUAUCGGUUGCAUGGAUACACCGGAAUCCUUUGAGUUCCGGCUGUCGACUUACAGUUCGGAAGAAGUAACCGUGCGGCCCGUUCUGAAUGAAAGAAUUCUCUGCUUAAUGACCCUUCGACUUCUUCACAAAUUGCUGCUCAAUCGAGGACAUAAACUCCUGUACCCGGUCGCGCCAUUUGGUGUUUUAAGCUGCAUCCAUGGUAGCGGCUGCCUAUACUUCGUUGCGGUAAACGGUGCUUGCGAUGAAUUUUUGUCUAUUCGAUUGACGCUUGAUAUUCAAGAGGGGAUGAUGCUCGUUUACGGAAAAAGUGGGGAUUCAUUUGAUAUUCCUCCGAGACGCCAGCAAAUCUUGGCAAUCGUUUCAAGAAAUGGGAAACGUUGUACGUGCACUCAUUUAAGCUUUCGUUAUUUGAGUAGUACCAUUAAGUCCAGCAAAGAUGGAUCUCAUGUUUCAAAGUUGCAGUACUCGGGCAUGAGAGGUAGCGUUGAGCUUGGUCUCGCGGCAGACUUGCUUACGAGCAGUUCCGACUCCUCACGGGUCUGUAUUAGGGGCGGCGAUUCACUCGAGAUUUACCAGUGGAUUCCGCAAGUGGGCUCCUGUUUUGAUCUAGUCUAG